AUGCCGAGCUUGUACAGGGCGCUCGAUGCCUCGGUCAACGAAAUCAGGCUGUUGAUACUCAAGCCUAGCGCACACAACGAUGCCCAAGUUGAGGCCCAUCUGAAGCAGGUCUCACUGAACGACGACCCAGAAUAUGAAGCUCUGUCUUAUGUAUGGGGCGAUCCUAAUGCCCGAAAAGAAUUGAUGCUGGACGGCGAGACGUUUACCGUUCCACUCAACUCUUGGGUCGCACUCCACGCGCUGCGCAAGAACGAUCACGAGCGCGUGCUUUGGAUUGAUGCCAUCUGCAUCAACCAGCAGGACAAAAAUGAGAGGAUCUCGCAGGUGCAGAUGAUGGGCUACAUAUAUUCGAAAGCCAGCAGUGUUCGUGUAUGGCUGGGUGCUGCACGGGAGCAGGACGAAGAUGUUAUCGCAAUCCUAAAGAGACAUGCGUCUGGUAAUGGUUUGGAAGAGCUCCUGCGACACGAUAGUUACUAUGAUACCUUGCAAGAUUUUGCCGAACAGGGUCUCCUGCUCGACAUUCUGCUCAAAAUGGACAAUCCGGGUACCGCAAUUUUGAUAAUAAGGAGGUUCAACCAAUACCAGGCCGUCAUGAACUUCUUCAAGACAGCUUGGUGGACUCGACUGUGGGUCGUGCAGGAGGUUGCACUUGGUCGCCAAGUCGUAUUCCAGAAAGGUGACAGCGAGUUGGAUUGGGAGAUCCUCGUUGCUGCCUAUCACAACACAAACGCAUUCCUAGGGAGUACAUACCAUGGGUGUGUGGGAGAGGUCUUCCAAAACUAUCGCGACUAUCUGAAACAAUUCGAAUCAGUAGCUCUCGUUGCUCAGGUGCGCGAGCUAUGUGGGGUAGAGAGUCUCAGGGACAGCAGUAGUAGCAGUUCCAAUAUCAAGGAGGCCGCCAUGAAAUGGUCAUCUGUCGCCCAUCUGGUUCGUAACAGGAACGCUACAUUCGAUCAAGACAGACUAUAUGCGUUGUAUGGUCUUCUACCGCCGAGCAUUGCCGCGAACCCAGAGAUGCAACCGUCACUGAUGUCGAGUGUAGAAGAGAUCUACACUGAAGUUACUUACAACAUGAUCAAGGCUGCUCAGUGUCUGAUGAUGUUCAACUUUUCCUGGUCUUCCUUCCUGGGUUCCGACUGGAGACUGCACCACAAGCAGUCAUAUGGAGAAAACCUACGUCUUGUCCGAGAGAAAAUGUACAACGCGUCCAUGAGCAACCCGUUCUACCUUCGACGACUCAGCUCGAACACAAUCUGCCUGAAAGGGGUCCUUCUUGAUAUCUUUGCCAUGAGCGAUUACCGGAAGAUUACUCCUGACUCGCCUUUGAUCCUGCAUGAUACGAACCAGGACCUCAUAAAAUGGUUUCUGUCUGAAACCGAAUAUUUCAGAUCGGGGUUGAACAGGGAAGAAAUGGUCAAGAGAAUCCUGGUCUGGGAUUGUGCACCAGGUGAUCAAGAAGGGGCUCUGAAGGAGAUGGAUUACAGUGAAUACAAAGCCAUGUAUGCAGCACUUGGUCAGGCCUAUAAGGUCGGUCAAGGUGAUUUCGGAAGGAAUGGACCAGAAGAUGGACAGUCACGGGACGACAUACGCAGGACGGACUAUAUGAUGAACUGUGCCCAAGGACAACGUCUGUUCACAACCUGUAGGGGCCUCUUUGGCAUGGCACCGAUGCAUGCAAAGGUUGGAGAUCAUGUCUUCAUUAUCAGUGGCAAUACACACCCUGUCCUACUGAGACCGUCCAAAAGAUAUGCGGAUACAUGGCGCCCUGUUGGAGAAUGUUACAUGCAUGACAUGAUGAAGGGUGAGGCUUUCAAGUUCUGGGAUUACUUGAAAGAGAGGAUGAAUUUUGGAGAAGAUAUACCGGAAAUCCAGGCGCUAAAGGGGACUGAAAAGAAUCCUCGGUGGAACGAGGUGGAGGAGCAGCCCGAAGGUCCGUGGAAGUGGCUCCUUAUUGAGUAA